UUUGAACGCUAACGUAAAUGUAAACAAAAUAUUUUACACGGCUCAAAAAACGAGUUUUUAGCCAAAUUUUUAUACCAACAACGAUUCAGUAAUCAAGUCCGGUUACUAUAAUUACGUGAGUGAAUUAAAUCAGUUCUGACAAUUCAAAAAUUUGGGCAUGACGUUGUGAUGGAGGAUUUUAACGACGAAAUAAAUAAAGAAUUGGAACUUAUUGACUUAGAAUCGGUAAAAAGCGAUUUUUCUGAAAACGAGGAUGAAUAUGAUAAUAUAGAAACUGAAUUUGAACCUUUAAAAGAAAACAAAUGGUUGGAUCUUUUUAUUGCGAAAACUUCUGAACAAAGUCAAAAGUAUGAAGCUCUUAUAUGUGAUGCAGAAACUACUUUGAUUGAGGCGAGACACAAAGUAAACAAAUGUGUGGAUCAAGAUUCUGGUAUAAACACUGCAUCAGAUCAAACAUCAGAGAAUACUGAAAUCAAAGAAGAGAUAUUGUCUAAUCAUGGUUUAAAUGAUGAUGUAACUAAAGAAAAGGGUGACUCAUCAGAAGUGUUUAAAGUGGAUGAGAGCAAGGUUGUUUUAAAUGUUGUGGAGCAACCGGAUGAGCAUUUCGAUGAAGAAGUUUCUCGCAACCAGCAUAACCAAUUGCUUGGUCAAAUAAAUAACAUUGAGGUCGAUAGAUUGGCAAUGGAACAAAAUCUCAACCAAGCUUUACAAGCUGAAUUAUCUGUUUUGAAGAACCUCCAACUUGAAAGGUUAAAGUUAUUAGAUUUAAAAGAAGGAAAUGCAGCAAUUUUAAUACAGAGACAUUAUCGUGGGUACAAAGUUCGAAAGAUUUACGCUUCUAUUUUGGAAAAGAAGAUAAGAGAAUCUCGGGAAAAAAGAUCCGUAGAGAGAAUUGUAAAGUUUGAAAAAGAAUUGAAAGAAAAAAAGGAAACGGAAAUUAGGUUGAAAAGAUUGGAACAAGAGAAAGAAGAAAAACUGCGCAAGUUGGAAGAAGAGAGAAUUAGGAAGGAAGAGAAGAAAAAGGAAGAAGAGAGAAUUAAGAAGGAAGAAAAGAAAAAGGAAGAAGAUAGAGUUCGAAGACAAAAAGAAGAGAAAGAACAGAGAAGGAUACAAGAAGAGAAAAUUAAAAAGGAAGAAGAGAAGUUGAUGCAAGAAAAAUUAAAGAAGGCAAAGGAAGAAGAGAAGCAAAGAAAAGAUAUUGAAAAAAGAAUGGAAGAAGAAGAGAAUUUGAAGCAAGAGAAAUUGAAGAAGGCGCAAGAAAAAGAGAAACUGCUGAUUGAAGAAAAAAAGAAAGUGCAAGAAGAUAAAGAAAGGGAAGAGAAAGUCAAAACAGAAAAUAGUUUAAUUCAAUCUCAACCAAAUAUUCCAACUAAAUCCAAAAAUAAAAAAGUGGAUUCUGCAUAUACAUCAGUGGUUGAAGGAGAUACAGAACCAAUUGUGGGGUUAACUUUGAGCCUGAACCUAGUAGAGGGUUUGUUGAAACGCAUCAAUCGUUGUCAGAGACAUCUACAAACAAAGUUUUUGAGGUCAGGCACGAUGGAAGUGAGAAUUUAGCAUCUUGUGUUGAUUUUAAACCGGGAGUUAUGGCAGGCCAAGAACAAUGUCAAACUGAUGCAAGUUCCCAAGUUGAAACUAGUGACAUUAGUUUGGAUAAAAUCUUGAAAAAUGCGGAUGAUGGUGAUUGCGUUGGGAUGGAAAAAAAGAUCACUUUGCUCGAAUUUCUUGCCGAAACCAGUUGUGGCGCUUUGGAUGGUGAUAAAAUGGAUAAAAAAUCUAAAGGAAAAUUAGGAACUCAAAUUGACCGUGAUGCUACUAAGAACAGUUCGUUUCAUAAAAGUCAUAAAAAUGUGGCU